CCGCUCUGGUCGGACGUCUGUCGCCACCUACCGCGGAAACUUCGGACGCGCGCGAAACUUUGUGUCGAACACUCGUAUGGUUUUCGUUUUGUUUGUGUUGUGCGCUGUGAGGUGAUCGGCUGGAAUAUCGCUGAGUAUUCCUGGCCUUUGUCCCGAACAGAGUCGGGACUGAGCUCCGCGCCGCUUUCUCGGGACUUCGCAAACAACUGGGUCCGCCCGUGAUGAGGCUGCUGACGCUUCACAUUUGUAGGGCCCCGAAUAACUUCCUCGAACCGAAGAAAUAAUCCGCUCACCAACACAAAAUGUGAGCAUCUUCCUAAAAGUAUCUUCAUUCUUCAAGAGAACCAUUUUGCCAUCAAUAUGGAGUUAGAGGACGUGGAAAUGUACCACGCGACCAACGAGUCGUACGACUACAACGGCACGUACAACGGCACCUUCGAGAACUGCCCCAACAUCAACCUGCCCGUGGUGUACGUGGUCACGCAGGUGCUGUACGCGCUGGUGUGCGUGGUGGGGCUGCUGGGCAACACGCUCGUCAUCUACGUCGUGCUGCGCUACUCCAAGAUGCAGACCGUCACCAACAUGUACAUCGUGAACCUGGCUAUCGCCGACGAGUGCUUCCUCAUCGGAAUCCCCUUCCUCAUUGUCACAAUGUCGCUCCGCUCCUGGCCUUUCGGACGCUUUAUGUGCAAAGCGUACAUGAUCUCCACCGGUAUCAACCAGUUCACCAGCAGUAUAUUCCUCUGCAUCAUGAGCGCCGACAGAUACAUCGCCGUCUGCCAUCCCAUAGCUGCUCCUCGACUGCGGACCCCGUUCGUGUCCAGGGUCGUGUCCGCGGCCGCCUGGACCGCGUCAGCUCUCGUCAUGACUCCAAUAUUCAUGUACACCACACUCAUACCGACGGAGAACGGCCUGUCCUGCAACAUCGUGUGGCCCGAGCAGGAGUUCAGCAAAGGCCAAACCUCGUUCACGCUCUACUCGUUCGCACUCGGCUUCGCCGCUCCGCUGACUCUGAUCUUCGUCUUUUACUGCCUCGUCAUCCGAAAACUAAAGACUGUCGGUCCAAAGAACAAGUCCAAAGAGAAGAAGCGAUCUCACAGAAAAGUCACAAAGUUGGUGCUCACCGUGAUAGCGGUAUACGUCCUCUGCUGGUUGCCAUACUGGGCGUUCCAGGUGGCCCUGAUCUACUCGCCGCCGCGAGAGUGCGCGAGCCGCAUCACGAUCACGGUGUUCCUGGUCGCCGCGUGCUUCAGCUACAGCAACUCCGCCAUGAAUCCGAUUCUGUACGCGUUCCUGUCCGACAACUUCAAGAAGAGUUUCCUGAAGGCGUGCACGUGCGCCGCGGGCAAGGACGUGAACGCGACGCUGCACGUGGAGAACAGCGUGAUCCCGCGCAAGCGAGGCGGCGGCGCGGCGCGCGCGCAGGCCAAGGCGCUGGAGCAGGCGCGCGGGCCGGCGGCGGGCGCGGGCGGCUCGCGCUCGGAGGCGUCCACGGCGCUGACGUCGCGCUCGGUGGCGGCCAGCGAGGCGCUGCCGCUGGAGGCGCGGCCGGCCACGCUGGCGCCGCUGCUGGCGCCCAACGGGCUGUCGCACUCGCGCCUCUGAGUGCCGGCGCGGCGCGCCCCCGCCGGCCUCCCGGAGGAGGACACGCUCAUCGUCUCCAUCGACUAGAUCGCCGCGCGGGCGGCCGCGGGACCCGAGCCCUGUCCCGCCGCCGCCGGCUCCCGUCGCACCGUUAGCUUUAGGUUGAGAGAGGACCAUCGUUCCUGAUUCGUGAAUGUUUAAAAUCCCUUGCGUUUUCUGUACACAAUUGUGUGUGAGUUGAAACGGUUGAUUCGGCCUAGGGUUGUAACGAUGAAUUUAUUAAGGUGUAAUUUUUUUAUCGCAAGGCGACUCCUAAGGUUUACUGUUUGUAUACCAUUAAUUAUGUAAUUAAUUAA